UGUGUCCCUCAAACUGUGUAUCUAAGUACAAGUGCUUGUGAAACUGUUUUCGCCAAUCUACUGAACAUUGCAAAAAGUAAAAGUCACUCGGGCAUAUCAGCAGCAGCUCCCCCACCACCAAUCCCAUCUGGUGGUAUAUCCAUUGGCAUUGGCCCACAAUUGCCCCCACUUGGCACCAGCAGCACCGGCAGCGGCAGCUUUGUCAAGUUACGUCAUGUGGAUAAAGACAAUGAAGUGAACCCAAAGGAGGAAUCAACAACAACAUCAAGUCAACACACAACUGAUAAGCAAGAAGAGCUCGAUAAAGAAUCUGAAUCAGGUGCCAGCGGAUCAGCGGCAGAUACUUCCAAUAAGGCAACCGCUUUGCCCGAUUUUCUUCAAGGCGUGCGUCGCUCAUCGACUCAGGUCAUGGGCCCCGAUCAGCGCACAAUAUCCAUAGCCAAGACUGGCUCCAUUGCGGAUCGUUUGGCGGCUCUUCAAAAGAGCGGCGAGGAUGAUUGGAAGAAACGCAUAUCAAAGCGCGAUGAAGUCGAUGAUAUACGUCGCGAAAACUUUGUAAAUGAAUCGCUAUCUUUGGCCCAUUCGCUGUCGGACAAGCCAUUACCACCAUCGCCCCUAAUACCAACCAGCCUUGAGGGUGGCAAAGUCUCAGAUCGUUUGGGUAAAUUGCAAUCCAAUUCAGAGAAGUGGAAACAACGCAUAGAACAAACCGAUGCCAAGAAGUUUACAGUCGCUGGACGACUUCAGACGAAAUCACAAUCUCCCGUGGAAUUGCAAUUUCAACGUUCACCCAAUGAUGCAGCCAAAAAGUGUCCACUGCUUGAGGUGCGCAGUGCCAAUCAACCGCAAUUGGGUCUGGCCAAAAGUCCCUCCAUGAUGGUCACCACAACAACCAAACCGACAGCAGCCCAACGCAGUCUGAGUGUUAAUCCCGAAGAGGAGAAGGAGAAGGAUUCGAGCCAGGCCCUGAGUCGCUCCAAUAGCAAUAGUAGCAGCGGAUCCACUACAGAUUCGGAUGGUGGCGGAGCUUGGCCACAGAACGCCAAACAGAGCAAAGAGUUGGCCAACAGCAAGAGUGCAGCUGCUCCCACCAAUGUGGGCUCCAGAAUUCUAGUGCCACGUCUCGAUGAUGAGGAGACUUUUGAGAACUUCUUUGUCUCGCAGAUAAAAAAACCAAAGCACGUGGAAGAGCAGAAGGAGCAGUUGUUGGAUCUGGAUGAUAUCAAGCCCACUGAGAGGCUCGUGACUAAACGCAAUAUACAGGGGCCAAAGGGUCGGCGAGCUGCACGUAAUCCACUCAAGAGUUUGGCUGCCCGGAGUGACAUUAGUUCGGAGUAUACCGAACAGAAAUCCGGGAUAGCCGAACGGGAACUGAGACGUCUUAAACUGGAGUCAUUCGGACAUGGACGUAGUAACUUGGCAGCUGAGGCCAUAGCCGGCUUAGCCUCUGUAGAGGAUUUCAAAUCGGUUGCUUUGCGUUCGUCUUCGUUGCCCUUGCAACAGAUGUGGCUACCCCAUAAGCCGGUAAUGCUGCUCCAUGUCAAGGGACGUACUCAUGUGCAGACGCGACUGGUUAGCCCAACGCAUCUGUCAAUGAAUCGUGGGGACUGCUUCAUCUUGGUGGCCGAAACGCAACUGUUCCGUUAUGUUGGCUCCUUUGCCAAUGUCAUUGAGAUUUCGCGCAGCAAGAAGAUCUGUGCUGCCAUUGUGGAGAAUAAGGAUCUGGGUUGCACAGCCAGUCAGGAGGUUAUACUUACCGAUGGCAAGUAUCUGAAUGAGCGACAGUGGCGUCAGUUCUGGAAAUUGUUGGGCAUCCCAUCGACGGAUGAAGCAACUCCGCCGGAAAUAGCCGAUUCGGGGCAUGCCGACGAGGAUGACGUCUUUGAGAGCAGUUUGAUUGAAACAAAUAAGAUUUACGAGUUCCAAGAUGAUGCGCUUGUGCCCAUGGAGAAAUACUGGGGAUGUAUACCCAAAGUGGAUAUGCUAGAUACGCGUAAGGUGCUGGUAUUCGAUUUCGGAAGUGAGCUGUAUGUGUGGAAUGGUAAGAACGCGCCAUCGGAUGAUAAACGUGCGGCCAUGCGUUUGGCCCAGGAGCACUUUGUGGCCCAGGAUUCGGCUGAUUAUGCCCAAUGCUAUUUGAAUCCCCUCAAUUAUGCUUCUAUUGUGGGCAAGCGGGAGAGUGUGGCAUAUGCCAAGAGAUGCCCCCAGCGGCCCGAUUGGUGUGUUUUAGGUAAAAUCACCCAGAAUAUGGAAACGAUUCUCUUUAAGGAGAAAUUCAGUGAUUGGCCCGAAUUGGAGAGGGAAGAUCUGGAGAAGGAUUAUCUGGCAAAUGGUGUGAAUAUAGUGCGUGCCCUUAAUGGGGCUGCCCUGUUCAAGGGUGAACCCUAUCAAGAGCCCAAUCUGGUGCUGGAGCAGGCCAAUUUGGGGCGUGGCAACUUCUAUUAUGACACGGAUACCAUGCGUCAUUGCGAUAUUAUAACCAAGUCCACUGAUAAAUGGCAAAUUCAUGAGUUCAACUUUGAUGCGGCCAACUCAAGGGAGGAUUAUGGUCAUUUCUAUUCAACGGAAAGCUAUAUAGUCAGAUGGAUCUAUCAAAUAUCGGUGACAGUGCGUGAACUAAGCGGCAAAGUGUCCAAUCGCAGCACUGUGGGUCGCGAUCGUUGUGUCUACUUCACCUGGCAGGGUCAGGAUUCAAGUGCUAAUGAGAAGGGUGCCGCUGCUCUCCUAACAGUUGAAUUGGACAAGGAGAAGGGCGCCCAAUUGCGUGUGGCCCAGGGCGAUGAGAGCACUGCAUUUGUGCGUCUCUUCAAGCAACUGUGGCAACAUCGCGGACGCAAGGACAAGUGUCUGGAGCGGCGUAGUCAAUGGCGAUUGUAUCAGGUGCAGGGCAAUGUCAAGGAUGAGACCCUGCUUAAAGAAGUCGACUGCCAGGCCUGCCAGUUGCGUUCACGCAGCUCCAUGUUGCUAAUCCAUGGACAACAGGGUGUGGUUCUGGUCUGGCAUGGCUCCAAGAGUUCAUCGCACACACGAACCAUUACCCUGGAGGCGGGGCAGGAUUUGAUCAAGCAAAUGUCAAAGGAUCUCUUUGCCUGCGAGAAUGCUACCCUUACCGAAAUGGAGGAGGGUUCCGAGAAUGAGGAUUGUAAACUGGCCUUGGGCUUGGAACAGCAACGACUGGACUAUCACAGUCUAUUGCAAUCAACGAAAAGCUUCGACUAUCAACUGAGAAUCUUCCAGUUUAGCAGCACUCAGGGUGUGUUUAAGGCACAGGAGUUGGUCGAUGGAUUGCGUUGCCAGGAUCUGCAUAGUCCAUAUCCAUUUGCCCAGGCCCAACUAUACAAUGCCCGACAGCCGACCAUAUUUCUGAUAGAUGAUGGCACGGAGCUGUGGCUUUGGAUGGGCUGGUGGCCCCAGGAAGAUAUUAAGCUUAAUACAGAGGAAAAGGAUCGUAGCAGUCCGUCUACAAGCGAUAAUCGAGCUGGUGUCAAUCGUUGGAUCUCAGAGAGACGAGCUGCCCUAGAGACAGCCGUUGACUAUUGGCGUGCCAAGCACGGCGAGAACGAGAAGGAAGCCUUCCAUGGCAUCAAGGGUCAAGUUGUGUGGGCUGGCCUCGAGCCAUUGGCUUUCCGUGCCCUCUUCCCCGACUGGACAGAGCGCACAGAUGUCAGAGAAAUCAAUUUAGAGGAUGGACGCACGGACACACCCAUCAUGAUAAGCACAAUGUUGGCACAAAUGACACAAACCGAGUAUCCCCUGGAUGUCCUUAAGGCCCGCCCCUUGCCCGAGGGUGUGGAGCCGACACGACUGGAGGUCUACUUGAAUGCCGAAGACUUUCAAGUGGCCUUGGGCUGCAGUCGGGCGGAAUUCGAGCAGCUGCCGAUUUGGAAGCAGACCAAGCUAAAGAAGGAACGAGGACUCUUUUAGGAGAAAAAUGCAACUUAUAGACUUGAACACACACACACACACACAAUCACAAAAACAAAGAAUUGAAAACAAUACAACAAAAAUCUAAAUUUUAGAAGCACAUAUACAAUAUGUAUACAUAUAUGUAUAUAUAUAUUUUUUUUUUUUUGAUAUGCAACGAUUGCUUUUGCAGCGGGCACUUAUAAAAAAACAUACAAUGUAUUCUACUAUAUAUGUACUAGGACUAUCACAUACACACACUCACGUGCGCAUAUCCUUAUGAACUCUCUCUAUAUAUAUUAACACACGCAUAUACACACAUACAAUUUAUAUAUCGAUUUAUAUAAGCAUCAAUGCAAAGAACUAAGCAAUAAUAAAUCUAAUCCAAACUCGCUUCAUACGAAAAA